GCAACAAUUACUACUGGAUUGUGCGUGAUAGUUACUAAUGAAGAUGAAAGCUAUUGAGAUAGCCGGUAUUGUUUUCUUCGCCAUCGCUGCGGUCCUUGUAAUUUUGCGUAUCUUUUGUGUUGCUCUCGGAAGCGGAAAGAAGACGCCGUCUCCGGCCCAUCCCGAUGUCGAGAAAGGCCGUCCAAAUGGAAAUACAUUGAGAGAUGGAGGAAUGGUCGUCAUGGGAGCAACUGCCGGUGUUGCAGCUGCCACUCUUGCCGUUGCCGCGGCAGCCGCUAUCGGAGAUUUUGGUGGUGGAGGUGGUUGUGGUGGAGCCGGAGGUGGUGGGUGCGGAGGCGGUUGCGGUGGUGGUUGUGGAGGAGGAGGAUGUGGAGGUGGCUGCGGAGGCUGA